CUUCAUCAUCACACGCUCAUUGAAGUUCCAUCGUUUUCACGCGCGCGAGAAACACUCGCUGUGCGCUACUUUCCACUCACUCGUUCCUCGAAUAUUGCCAAAAACAUUCAGCUUCAGCUAUGCAUCGAGGCUCUUGGCCACGUGCGGUGCUGCCGAUUCUGUUGGGAUCUAGCAUCACGCGUUGCUACGCCUUGGCUCUACGCGAUAAUUCCAAAAUCUCGACACAGUCCCCUGUUGUUUUCAACCUCAGUGUAGACAGGGUUCGCGAGAUCUCUGACUAUAUUCUCUCUCAAGAUCAGGCCGUCUUCGAUAACAUACUCUCUACCGUCACGCCUGAAACGGCAACAUUCAACAACACCCUCGCUCCGUGGAGCCGUCAUCGAGAUGAAGUUGCUGGGUUGAUCGCCCCGUUCAAUUACAUUACAGAUCCGGUCGCGUACAAUGCGACUAAUGACUUCUUCGCCGCCAGGAGUCCGUUUCUGGCCAAUGUGACCAAUAGCGAAGAAUACUGGCCCCUGGUCAAGGCCGUCUAUGACAACUUGGCGAACGAGAACAAGCUUUGGACGCCUGAAGGAAGACUCGCUACGAUGUUCCACCAGUCCCGAGUAGAUGCUGGCUUGAGCAUUUCGAAGGGAUCCGACAGAGACAGGUACACUGCGCUCGUUCAGGAGCAACAAAAUCUCACUCAAGCAUUCAAUGCCAACGCACAGAAGCCCGCCGCGCCACCCAACCUCUUCUUCUCGCGGGAGGAGUUAGAAGGUGUCGAUCCACAGCUGCUUGCAACUUUCGCCAACGGCACAGGAGCUGACGCUGGCAAGCUCGGAAUCGACGUUCUCACUCAGGCUUCUUCAGUGACCCCCAUCGCCAAAAACCAGCGAGUGCGUCAGGAGCUUGCCAUUGGAUACAAUCGUCUCGCAAGAGAUAACGUCGACAUCUUGAAGCAAGCGUAUGCUGGCCGCGAUGAGAUGGCCCAGCUGCUCGGGUACCCGAACUAUGCUACGGCGCGACUACAGGACACCAUCGCUGGGAGUCCGGAGAACGCGCUGGCAUUGAUCAAUGAGAUUGGUGAAACACUCAAGCCAAGCGCCGCCGAUAGUGUGGAUCAGCUCAAUAUUAUCGUCAAGCGGGACAAUUCUACUGCGAGCGCAUACCGCUGGGACAUAGAGUAUGCAAGAAUCGCCAUCGACGAAGCACAGACGAACCUUACAGAUGACAACUUCGGCUCCUACUUCGUGCCCACUUUCACGGUGCCUACUGCAUUGAAGCUGUUUGGCCAAGCCCUCGGAUUCGACCUGCAGCUAGUCCAUGGCAACCAACUGGAUGCUUUGUCCCCCACUGGCAAAGGCUCCGAUAUCUUGCCCGCGCCUCAAGCCAGCCUCUAUGAAGUUCGGAAUUCAGGAUCGAAUGACUUCGCUGGCUACUUCUACACCGAUAUCCUCGCACGUCCAGACAAGAUUAGCAACAGCACUCAAGGUACCGCAAUCCAAAGAGCGUCCAUAUCUGCCAAUGGUACCAAAACCUAUCCAUCCGUAAUUCUCAACGGUGGCUACUAUCCGACUCAACACUUGAGCGCGAAGGCUUUGGCAAACUUGUUCUGGCAGAUUGGCGUUGCUUACUGGCAUCUAUCGUGCGAGUCCGAGUUUGGAGAUCUCUGCGGAGAUGCCGGUGCCCCCGCAGACUUCUCACAGAUGCCUGGCCAGAUGAUGGAAAACUUCGGCUUCAAUCCAAUCGUCCUCCAAAAGGUCAGCAGACACUGGAGCUACUUCAGCCCCAACGACACCGCAUCCUGGAAACAGACCCACGCAAACUCCACCCAACCUCCCGAGACUCUUCCCUUCGAAACUGCCAAAAAAGCUGAACAAUCCAAACUCACAUUCAAAACCCUCGAUACUCUCUACAAAGUCUGGUACAGUCUCUACGACCUCCAAACCCACAUGCCCUCUUCCCGCGAAGCAGCUAAAGACCUCCCCAUAUCUCAAAUCUACAACAAACUCGCCGUCGACGUCUGUCUCGUACCCUGGGGCGAAUCACUUCCACUCCAACGCCUUGCGAACGGCUCUCCAAAUUACGAAUGGGCCUGGGGUCAAGCGACCUAUCCAGAUUGGGUGAACUAUUGGUAUGGAAGAUGGUACUCUUGGACUUGGGCGAAGGUCUACUCGGAAGAUGUCUAUUAUGCAAAAUUCGCGAACGAUCCGUUCAAUGCUGAGAAUUGGAGGGAGUAUAGAGAAAAGGUUCUCGCGAGAGCAGGAGAUCCAAAGCAGUUUGUGACGGAUUUCUUGGGACGGGAGCCGAGCACGGGGGCUUUCUACCACGAUGUUGGGAUCAUCUAGAUGGUUUUGCAGGCAUUUUAUGUUCGAUGUAAAUUUACUUAGGGGCCUUCUUUGCGGAAUAGAGGUAGAGGUGUUGGGACUUUGAUGAAGCAAAGCGGAGGAGUGCUCUGUACAUCUACGGCGCAAUCGCCCGCGACCUCUUCCAGAAAUGGCG